AUGGAUUUAUUGUCAGAAGAAGAAAAAUAACUUAUCAAAUUUUUUGAGAAAAAAGUAUAAAAUGAAAGCAAUAUUAAUCAAAGUGAUAGUAGAUAGCGAUUAGGUUAAACAAAUGAUGAUUAGUUGAUUAGAGAAAAUGAAAGCAGAAAUUAGAACUCAUUUUAAAGAUAUUCUUAAAUGUUUGGAAACAUUUAAAAUGAAAAUUAAGAGAACUUAGAAUAAAAUUCUAAGAAUAGAAAUCAAUAUGUAAAUCUUUAUGAAAACUAAGAAAAUGAUGCAAAAAAUGAGUAGAGAUUCUAGAUUUAUUACAAAUAACCUUAGAAAAAUCUAAAUGCAGUCAUAUUUAAUGGUGAUGAUAAUAGCAGUAACCACGCUGAAAAUAAUUCUAAUAAUACAAGAACUAAUUCUUCAUUUAACUCUUCUCAGCAUAAUAAGCAGUAUUAUAAUAAUCAUAGGCAAGGACCAGCUUAAAAAUAGUAGUUAGCAUAAUAGUAUUUAAAUUAGCCUUCUAAUGAUCAAAUAUUCUACAGCCAUUAUUUGUAAAACAAUACAAGUCUUCAAAAUAGCAAAAAUGUUUUAGAGAAUUAUAAAUCAUAAUAGGGAGACUUAAAUACUUUUACAUUUAAACCACCUACAUCUAUAAAAUCUAAAGAUAAAUAAAAAAAAGUAAAUUAAGAUAUAAUUGUUAAAAAUGAAGAUAAGAAGUUUAAAAAUAGCUCUAAAAAAGAUUUUUCAGUUAAAAAAAAUAAAUAAUUAGGAGAUUAGCAGACAUCAUAAAAGAAAGUAAAUAACAAUUCUGAUAAAAAGUAAAUGUAGAAAAUAAAUACUUCUCGUCCUCAAAGCUCUAGAAAUUAAUAAAAAUCAAUUAAAAAUAAUUCAUUUGUUAAUCAAUAAGAACAUUAAAUUUCAAGCAAUAAAGUCAACAAAACUCCUUCAUAAAUGUAAAAAAAUAAAUCUUUGAUACUUGGCUAAGAAUAAAACUCUAAAAUGAAUGCUAAAAAAGAUGAAAUACUCAUUAAAAAUAACUCACUUUACAAAUAAUCUUCAAAUAAAAAAUCAGAUUCAAAAUUAAAGAAAGCACGUUCAACUUCCCUAUUUGUUUCUAAUUUAGUGAACUAGAGUAAUUUAAUAUAGAAAGAUUGCAGUAAGGAUAAAUUAGAAAGUGUUAGAAAGAGAUCAAACAGCAAAUCUAAAAAAAAAUUAUCAAUAGUAAAUACUUAAUCAAAUAAAUAGUUAAAAUCUGAAAGAAGCAGAAUAUCGUCUUAUUCAUAUACAAAAGGAAUUCCUAAUUAAAAUGAUGUUGAUUAAAUAGAAAAUAAACCGAUGUCAAAUUAAGAGGUUUAUAGGUAAUUCUUAGAUGUAUUAGAGUAAAAUCAUGAAGAAAGUGAAAGAAUUAUGUUAAAAGUAAUAGAAAAUCACAUUAAUGAUUGCAAAGAAUUUAAAUAGAAAAUUGUAAAUAUUAUAAGAGAAUAAAUAAAUUACAACAGAUAUAAAAGUUAAAAUAGUUAAUCCAAUAGAGGAAACGAUUAAAUAUGA